AUGCUUCUUCCGGGUGGCCGCGUUCACCUGCGCGGUGGCGCGCGUGCGAUGCGCGGUGCGCGCGCGUGCCUGGCGACUCAUGCUUCGUCGGCGCCACAAGGCGUGCACCCGUCGCGCAUGCCGCGGUACGCCGAGCUGGUCGACCAGCUGCGCGCUGUGCGCCCGCUGCUGGGCGAUCGCCCCCUGACGCUGGCUGAAAAGAUCCUGUACACGCACCUGCUCGAUCCGCAGGCCGACCUGGCUGGCGCCGGCAAGGACGCGAGCGCGAUCCGCGGCUCGCGCUACCUGAAGCUCAAGAUCGACCGCCUGGCCAUGCAGGACGCCUCGGCGCAGAUGGCGCUGCUGCAGUUCAUGACGUGCGGGCUCGCCCAGGUGGCGGUGCCCGCCAGCGUGCACUGCGACCACCUGAUCCAGGCGUACGAGGGCGCGGCCGUGGACCUGCAGCGCGCGGUCCACACGCAGCACGAGGUGUUCGCGUUCCUCGAGUCGGCGUGCCGCAAGUACGGGCUCGAGUUCUGGCGCCCGGGCAGCGGCAUCAUCCACCAGAUUGUGCUGGAGAACUACGCGGCGCCGGGCCUGCUCAUGCUCGGCACGGACUCGCACACGCCGAACGCCUCGGGUCUGGGGUGCCUCGCGAUCGGCGUGGGCGGCGCGGACGCGGUCGAUGCGAUGACGGCGACACCCUGGGAGCUGCUCGCGCCCAAGGCGCUGGGUGUGCACCUGCACGGCAAGCUGUCGCCGUGGUGCUCGGCGAAGGACAUCAUCCUGCACCUGGCCGGCCGCCUCACGGUGCGUGGCGGCACGGGCUACGUGGUCGAGUACUUUGGCGAGGGCGUCGCGUCGCUGCCCGCGACGGGCCUGGCGACCAUGUCGAACAUGGGCGCCGAGAUCGGCGCGACUACGAGUGCGUUCCCGUUCACGGCGGCGAUGGGGCGCUACCUCGAGGCGACGGGCCGCGCGCCCGUUGCGCGGGCGGCUGCCCAGGCCGCGGACGCGGGCCUCCUGCGGGCGGACGCAGGGGCUGAGUACGACCAGGUGCUCGACAUCGACCUGUCGACGCUGGAGCCGAGCCUGAACGGCCCCUUCACGCCGGACCUGCAUGUGCCGCUCUCGCAGUUUGUGGCGCGUGCGCGCGGCGACGACGCGCCGCACCCGGUCGAGCUGAGCUCGGCGCUGAUCGGGAGCUGCACGAACAGCAGCUACGCGGACAUGCGCCGCUGUGCGGACCUCGCGCGCCAGGCGACGUCGCGUGGCCUGCGCGCGCAGGUGCCGUUCGACGUGACGCCCGGCUCGGAGCAGGUGCGUGCGACCAUUGCGCGCGACGGGAUCGAGGGCGAGCUGGUGCAGGCGGGCGCGCGCGUGCUGGCGAAUGCGUGUGGCCCGUGCAUUGGCCAGUGGAAGCGCCCCGAGAAGCAGGGCGAGACGAACGUGAUCGUCACGUCCUUCAACCGCAACUUCCGCGGGCGCAACGACGGCAAUCCCCACACGCUGCACUUCCUGGCCGCGCCGGAGAUUGUGACGGCGCUGGCGUUCGCAGGCCGCCUCGACUUUAACCCGAUGACCGACGCGCUGCGUGCGCCUGACGGCAGCGAGUUCCGCUUCGCGCCGCCGCCGUACGAGGAGCUGCCCGCGCGUGGCUUCACGCCGGGCGACGAGUCGUACCUGCCGGCGCCGAUGCCGGCGCCGCAGCCGGACGUGCAGGUGGCCAUUGACCCCGCGAGCGAGCGCCUGGAGACGCUGCAGCCGUUUGAGAGCCACUUUGCGCCGUCGGCGGUCGCACAGGGCCGCUACGAGCUGCCAGCGAUGCGGUGCCUGCUGCGCGUCCGCGGCAAGUGCACGACGGACCACAUCUCGGCGGCGGGCCCGUGGCUCAAGUACAAGGGACACCUGAGCAACAUCGCCGAGAACACGCUCAUGGGCGCGACGAACGACGAAACGGGCUCCGUGAACGACGCGCACGACUUUGUGCCGGGUACGGACGCGGCGCCUGCGCGCACGACGAUUCCCGCCCUGGCGAAGCGCUGGAAGGAGCGUGCGCAGCCGUGGAUGCUGGUCGCCGACCACAACUACGGCGAGGGCAGCGCGCGCGAGCACGCGGCGCUGCAGCUGCGCCUCUACGGCUGCGGCCUUGUGCUCGCUCGCAGCAUGGCGCGCAUCGCCGAGACGAACCUGCGCAAGCAGGGCGUGCUGACGCUGCUGUUCGAAAACGAGGACGACUACGCGAAGAUCGGCGCGGGCGACAUUGUCGAGACGGUGAACCUGAGCGAGCUCAUGCGGCCGGGCGCCGACCUCUCGACGCAGGUGCGUGUGCGUGUGACCAAGCUCGGCGACCAGGGCGAGGUGCGCGCGCAGUUCGAGCUGCCGACGCGCCACUCGCUCAGUGCGACGCACCUUGCGUGGAUCCGCGCGGGCUCGGCGCUCAACUGCAUCCGCGCGAAGGUCGGCGCUGUGCCUGCACCGCGUGCGCCCAGCGGCGUACGCGCCUUCUCGACGUCCGCGGCGCGCCGCGCGGCGCCGCCGGCGAGCACGUCGGGCAACGACCCGCGGUACGAGACGCUCCGCUCGCUGCUGUUCCCCGCGCCGGGCGGCAAGAAGCAGGCGGGGCCACGCACGAUCGAGGACGCCGUCGGGCAGGGCGCCGCGUCGCGUGAGGUGUACGAGACGGUGCAGCGCGCGUGGCAGCUGCAUGAGCGGCGGCGCCGCGAGGCGUGGACCGCGUCGCUCGUGGCGAAGCGCGCGCGCCUGGACGAGGCGCUCGCGAGCCUCUACGAGGACGACCGUGCGCUGUGGAAGCAGGCCGUGCAGUAUGCCGGCCCCACGAAGCGCCACGCGGACGAGCAGCAGCGCCUGCGCAACCUGGGCCUCGCGAUGCGCGCCGAGGCCGCCGAGGGCGACGCGCCGGGCAGCCGCCUCCUGGCCAAGCGCCGCGCGCGCCUCAUGGCGCGCACGCGUCUGGCGACGCUCUUCCCCCGCGAGCUGCGUGCGCCGACGCUCACGCCGCCCGCCCACGGCUGGCCGGCGUAUGUGCCCGACGAGGAGUAG